GUCAGUGCAAAGAAAGAAAACGAAGGCAAAGCAGGCGAAAACGGAGAGAAGAUAAAUUUUUGUGUGUCGAAAAUUUUUACCAGCCAAUGUCGACAGAUUUUUAGUUUUUAAGCUUUUCAAUCGUGUCCACAAGUACCUAAGAAUCUCGCCCGUUCCCAGAGAAACACACGGCACAGGUGAAGCAACGAGAAACAGUGAUGAAUCAGCAGCAGAAACUCCGAAAAGCCAGCAAUAUCUAGCAGUAUAUCAUCUCCGCAACAGUCUUCAGUAGAUUUUUCCUGCGACGAAGAAAAAAAAAUCCUCGGGAUAAAAUCCACUAGCAACCCUCGGUCACGGAACUCUUCCCCCACUGAAAUUAGGAAGCACGAGAUAGGCGAGAUCCGAAGGCAAUUUGAAGUGACAUAUUGAGGAUAUCCCCCCGGGAGAAGGACCCAACCUUCCUUGCGUUGAGCAAUAUUUUGUUUUGAAACCCCUGGGUGACUCUGCGAGGAGGAAAGAUUCGAUCUACAACCACCACCACCAGCAGCAGCACAAUCCCUGCCAUUCUUACACAACCUUCUUCUGACCAGCCUUCAAAUCAUUACCCACACACAGAGCUAGAACAAUCAUCCAGUUGAUCGCAUUGCUCCGUCCCGUUCCUACAUGAUUUAAUUCUUUAGGCCGUAUCUCAUCAUUCAUCGCGUAGUACAUGAUCCACUCGAAACGAAAUCACCAACACCACCACCAUCAUCCUCAUCAUUGAGAACACAAUCGUCGCUAAAACUUUGUUGCCGCCCUCGUUUCGUGUUGCCCUCACCAUUCUUGAUCGCUGGAUGUUGUGAUGUUCUCGAACGGGCUUCCCUGCAAUCUGCCCUUUCCCAGCUGUCUCGGGGUGCCAAAGGAUAACGGAAGCGACGAACUGCUACCGACAGCGAUGGGAAGCCGCGAACCGGUCAUACUCAACGUGUACGAUAUGUACUGGAUCAACGAGUAUACGACUUCGAUCGGUCUAGGUGUGUUCCACUCGGGUGUGGAAAUUUUCGGAACCGAGUUCGCCUACGGAGGGCAUCCGUUCCCAUUCACCGGUGUGUUCGAAAUUUCUCCACGUGACCAUGACGAGCUCGGCGAACAGUUUCGAUUUCGACAAAGUAUUCAAAUCGGUUGUACGGACUUCACCGAAGAGGAAGUCCGCCGGAUUGUGGAAGAGCUAGGCAAUCAGUUUCGAGGCGAUCGUUACCAUCUGAUGAACAACAAUUGUAACCAUUUCUCCGGAGCGGUCACUCAGAUUCUCUGCGGACAGGAAAUUCCAAGUUGGGUGAAUCGACUAGCCCACUUCAGCUCCUGUGUGCCCUUCCUGCAACGUUGUUUACCAAAAGAAUGGUUGACUCCCAAUGCCUUACAACAAUCGAUAACAGCCAUACAGGAUCGCGACUCGGAUUCCAGUCCAUUUUGAGAAUAGCUCAUAGAUAGUGUCCGGAUUGCGGACGUAGAUGCGCCGAGUUUUGCCACUCAAGGAAGGAGCCCCAGCAGCGACAAAUAACGAAGACAAAGAUUUCAAAACCCUGACUGCUCCAGGAUCGAGGCGGUGGAUGGACGCGACGGUAAUGGGCAGAACUCGUGAUGACAGUAAAAUACGCACGUGUGGUCUGAAGGAUUUUUCUCAAACUCUUCUGUUUUUUCUUUGGAAUUCCGCCACGCCAUCUUGAAGGUGUUUUUUAUGAUAUUCGUUUUUUAACUCGUCGGUUCCCUCUUAUUGUAUGUUUUUCAAUAAACCAAAUCAACCAUUGUGGCAAAUUGCUGUCCAAUCGUGACCGUUAGGUUAGGAACAUGUUUUUAAAUAUUCCCACGAAACAACUGCAUCGCUUCUCCAUCAAGUCCACGUUUGUUUAUAUAAAACAGUAAUUUAAAAUAGCUUAUGAAAAUCGGUUUCUAAAGGUUAUUUUUUAUGAAAUGAUAUUACAGCAACUGGAUUUCUAAACGAAACAUUGAAAAAAGGUGUAAAAUACAACUUAAAACUAGAUGGUCUUGGAGAAGAAAAGUAUUCGUUUCAAAUUGAACUUAAAAAUAAAAAAUAGAUUUAAGGCAACGAGAGGUAGUAUUUGUGAUAAUACUGGACAUAGAACUAGUGUUAGUAUGUUUCCACUAAGGUUAACUCUUAGUGGAAUGACAAAACGGUUUUAAAAGAAGAGACGUACUGUUUGAAAAAUUAGCGUACUCUUUAGAUGUUGUAAGCGACAUUUACAGCUUCCACGAAAUUUUAGAUUUAGAUAAACAAAUUCAACAAUUCGUUCUUCUUUCUUCCACUCAACACAGACGAUGUGAACCGUCCUUGUUUAGCUUCGAUAAAAAAGCUGUCAUUCGAUUUGUGAUUAGCUACUUUGAGAUAAAGCGUAGUACUCCUUCAUCGAAUUCCUCUUGGCGAUAUUUGUUAUUUUCCGUACUUCUUCUAUUUUCUGUUUCCUUGGCGAUUAGCUAUACGGGUUCCAAACUGAUUCUAUCUUCUGCUGCUGGUAAGUCGGCUGUGAUGCUAUUUAUCUUCAUUCGAUCGAUCAGCUAUCAGCCGAUCUUUUUCCGUUGCAUACUUUCCGUCACAACAAUCUUCAUGUUUCAACAGAUGACGGUUGCUAUCAAUUUUGCUGAUCCAACUAUGCAAAACUAUUUUGCCUUGAAACACACUAUCACUGCUUAUGUGUCCAGACUUAUCACAUUGUGUAAUAAUACAAUGCCUAUUGUAGCAGAAGCAUAAUGAACAAAGUCUAUAUUGAAGUGAACGUAAAGAAACCACGGUUGAUAUCCAAAAAAAAAAGAUUUAAACAUUGUUUGAACGGCAACUAAUAAACUAUUGAAAUCUAACUGAAACAUAGCAAAGGAAACUGAGAUGCACUAGAGUAGAAGGAAUUAACCAAUUCGAAAAAAAGUCUCAUUAGUGUUAAAUAACAAAAAAGUACUAUAAAUACCAGGAGAAUUUAUUUAGGGUGCCCGGCCAUCCAACGUUGAAGUUUGAUGACACUGACAAUGAAUGGCGGAUAAAACUCAGAUGAUUGUAUAGAUACCGACACAACAAUAUCACCAAACAAAACACACUUACACACAAGUAUUUUCGUCGAUAGAUAUGAAGCGAGAGCGGUUACGUUUGUAGGGUCGUUCCGAUCGAACGAUCCAGAUAUGUAGGUAUGAUUAAAGUGUAGUCAAAUUGCGUGGAUUAUUCGGAGGCAAGUUGUUUAGAAAUUGAACAAAAAGUAAACUGGUUUUAGAUUAUAUAUACAUAUUUUUUUUUUGUAAAUUAAGAUUUUUUGUAUAGCGUUUCGAUUAUCCUACUUGCCCGAUUUUUGUCGUAACAGUGAUAUAAGACCUACAUUAAAUUAAAUCAUCCAAAAACAACAGUGAUCUAUAAUUUUUGUGACUCGUACUGUAUAAAAGAAACUUUUAGUCCUUUCCAGUCACCCUCUGAGUAAUAAUAAGCAUGAACAUGCAUCCAAUAGUAUUCAAUAAGACUACAAAAACAUUAUUUAAAGAAUAUAAACAGAUUGACACACCCGAAGGAAUGACAACACGUUUUUGUAUACAAGUAAAAACUCGCCCUCAAAACGGAGCAAAAUAAGAGAACAGAACAAAUCAAUGCCAUUUUUCCUCCAACUUCUGUUUUUACUACUGAACAAAAAGCAGUAAAUAAAAUAUUAUUGAACAAGAA